AUGAUUAACCGCCUCGGGCAGCGGAUCAAAGAAAACUUCCACGAAACGACGCGGGACCUCUCCCUCCUCGCCGGAGGGAGCGGCUCAGGCGCCGCGGGCUACUUCGACGUCAGCGAGGACAAGGUCGUCGAGGUGUCCAAACUGCUCGAGAGCCGAGCUGAGAGCGAGCGCCUCGAAGGCAUGAAGCGCAUCAUUGCCGCCAUGUCCAAGGGCCGCAACAUGGAGGGCUUCUUCGCCCAGGUCGUCAAGCAGGUCGUCGCGAGCUCGAUCGAGAUCCGCAAGCUUGUCUACAUCUACCUCCUGCGCUAUGCGGCCACCAACUCGGACCUCCUCCUGCUGUCCAUCAACACGUUCCAGAAGGACCUGUCCGACCCGUCUCCGCUCAUCCGCUCCAUGUCCUUGCGUGUGCUCACGUCUAUGCGCCUCCCUGUGAUCCAAGGCAUCGUCAUGCUCGGGCUUAAGAAGCUCGUUAACGAUCGGAACCCAUGGGUCCGCAAGACUGUUGCAGGCGGCCUCGCCAAGGUCUAUGAAAUGGACACGAGCACGCAAUCUGAACUCGUCCCCUUACUGCAGACUCUCCUGGCCUCACCCUCACCUCUCACUCUCGGCGCGACGCUUACGGCUUUCAUCGAGAUUUGCCCCGAUCGCCUGGACCUCCUCCAUCCGUACUACCGGCACAUCUGCCGCCUGUUAGGAGACGCAGACGAGUGGGGUCAGGUUGUCGCGCUAGAGGUGUUGACGCGGUACGCCCGCGCGAUGCUGGACAAGCCCGAGGAAGUCGCACAGGCGAACGGAAAGGAGUCGGAGGACGAGUUCGGUGGGCUCGACGUCGACCUUGCCAUGCUCCUUGAUCUGAGCAAGCCGCUUCUCCGGAAUCGCAACGGCGCAGUUGUACUCGCGGCCGCGAAAAUGUACUACAACCUCGCGCCUGCAGGGCACGCAUCUGUCGGGCAGGAGAUCAUCGCUGCGCCCCUGCUCCGGCUAGCAGGGACAAGUGGAGCGGACGCGACAGGUGUCGAGAUCUCCAUCAUCACGUGGGACGUCAUCGCAAGCAUGGCAGAGGAGCGCCCUUGGCUGUUCGCGAGCCGCUUCGCCCACUUCUUUCUGCACACGUCUGACAAGGCGCAGGUCAUGUCUGCCAAAAUGCGGGCGAUGGUGGCCAUGGUCAGCGAGGAGAACGCAACUGCGGCCAUCCGCGAGUUCAAGGGGUACACUGCGCUGCCGUCCGACACUGUGGCAGAGGAGGCGGUGCGCGCGAUUGGCCACUGUGUGCGCUCACAACCGGCGGUGGCGGAGACGGGAUUACGUUCGUUGAUGCGGCUGCUCAAGAGCACGAGGAGCGCCCUGGUCGCGCAGGCGGUUAUUGUGUUGAAGGGUGUGAUUCUGCAGGGCGUCACGCUGUCGUCGCCCGAACGCCUGGUGGCGCGCCUCGCAAGACAGCUGGACAACAUCACCAACGCAUCGGCACGUGCAAGUGUGUUCUGGCUCGUGGGGCAGUUCGCGGCCGACGACGGGCCAGACAACACUCUGGGCCUCAAGUGGGACAGCGUGGCCCCGUGGGUGCCAGACAUCCUACGCAAGGGUGUGAAGGGGUUCACGGAAGAGGAGGCGCCAGCCAAACUCCAGAUAUUGACAUUGGUGGCAAAACUACUCGUGCUCUCUCCUAACGCGCCCAAACUCGACCUCUUCUGCCAGUACCUCUUCGCUCUGGCGCGGUGGGACGCAGACUACGAUGUGCGUGACCGUGCACGCUUCCUCGCUGCCCUUCUGCGCGGCGUGCGUGAAGUCGACGGCGAGAGCGAGGACCAGGACGUCGGCGGCGUCAUCCUGCGCCGCGAGCAGGCACGUGUCGUGCUGCUCGGCAAACGCGAGGUCGCUCUGGACGCAGCAGCUGAGCCGAGCGAGCUCGAGAUUGCCUCGAUGAGUCGCGUCGCGCACCACAAGUUGAGCGGGUACACGCCGCUGCCGGAGUGGACGGACGACCCAACGGACGCGUCGCUGCGCGAGUCCGAGAUCGAGCGGCCCAAACCGCGCUCGCCACCACGCGCAUUCGGCUCACAGCCAAGCUUUGGCUCGCAAUCCUCCGCUGUUGCGGCCAACCUCGCUGCUCUUGCUGCGCCUCGCCGUUCCACGCCACAGACCCCGCUUGGAAGCUCGCCCGCCAGCUCCGUGCCACACACAACCCGCGCCAAGUUCCGCGAUCUCGACGACUUCCUCAACUCGGAGGGGUCGGACGACGAGAGUGAGGAGGUGACGAGCGAGGACGAGGCGGUGUUCGAGGUCGACCCGGUUGCGCAGAGACGGCGCGACUUUGUGCCGGAGUAUGAUGUGGACGAGUUGGAGGACGACGAUGAGACCACAGACGAUAGUAGCACAGACGAGAGCGACGUAGAGGCGCCUCUGUACCGCCGUUAG